CAAGGGUUACCAAAAUGUUACAAGUGUGGAAAAAGCGGCCAUGUAAGGGCUGAAUGUCCUAACAAAGGACAGAGUAGAGAAAAAGCCUAUGCAGUGGCUUGGAGUGGAUCAGAAGAUGAAAGUGAAUAUGACGAAAGUGAAAUACAAGGCUAUAUGGCAUUUGCCAAUCGUGAUGAUGGAUCCUCUUCGUCAAGAUCACUAGGAGAUGAGCUUCACUACAUUCCUACUGAAGAUCCGGUGGCCGAUUUGCUCACUAAGUCAUUCACUACGAGUCUUCACUGGUUUCUCACUAGCAAAUUGAUGCUUUGAGACCAACAUCAAUUUGGGGGAGGCUGUUAGAGCAUAUACGGUCCAUCUCAUUGGCCCAUUCCCAUAUGGCAGGGUUGUACAU